AUGGCGUCUGCCGGCGUGAGGUCUUCCGACACCACGGCUCAACCCGACAGCCAGCAGAGGAAGUUCUAUCCCGAUGAUAUCUGCACCCUCAAGGCCGACCCUUCGAUGGUGGGAAUAGUGGAUAGGACAUUCUACGAUGUCGAAACUCACGAGCCCCUCGAAGAUAGCCUCAUCGUGUCGCAUGUUCCCGUCCCCGAAAGGGAACUGAUGGAGUUUCUGAAUUCCGGAGUGCCCCCGAAAGGAUACGUCUUCGUUGCUUGGAGCGAAACCUCCCAGGGCAGUUCCCUGGUCAGUGAGGAUGACAUUGAGCUCGUCGACCGGUCGCUGGAAAUCGGCUACCUGGUAAAAAGGCAUCCGAAGGAUACGCUCAGCGGCACGGUCAUCAGCACCUCUUGCAAAUACACUCUCCAGCCCGUGGCUUACAGAGUCGUCGAUCCCCUAACGGGGGAGCGCGGCCCGUUGCGAUUCACGACGAAACCUCCCAAGUCCUCCCAGUCUGAAAAUCAGCAGCCAGGAAAUGAUCACGACGGGCCAGCAUUGUUGACAGAUGUUCCCGCAGAAGAGCUGCGGGAUUACGAUGAUUUCUGCGAAGGAGACUAUAUAAUAUACCGCCAGAAACUGGGCAUCAUCCAGCAAGUUGAUCGCGAUGCAGUACUAAUGUUGCCUAACAACACCGCCGUGACUCCGCUAAACCCUUAUGCCCUCGAGCUGCCACUGUCUCUCGGCUCCAAAACCAUAGUAUCUUUGCCGAACAGUAAUUCUAAUGAGUCCUCGCGAUCGGUACCAUCAGGCUCUGGCCGUUCCGAUCUGUCAGUGCCCAACGACACAAUGUUCCCAGGACAGUAUGUCCGCACCACGCUGAAGAAUCUUAGGAGAGGAUCCUGGAUUUCGGGCAAUCCGUCGGUGGACACCCCGGCAGAGGGGUAUAUCGUAGCCACGCCGCCAGUUGAUGUGCAUGUGGAUUGGUUAUGCUCGAAUAUCUUUAGUGUGGGACUUCCUUUCUUCGGCCCAACAAGUGAAGUGAUCCGAGCAUCGACGCUACAGGGCCAUGCAACAACCUACGAUUCCGGAAAGAUCCCCAAGGGCAACUCACAACAGCAACAGGUCAAGAUGCGUUCUUCUUUCACCGUUGGGGACCGAGUCCGUUUCCGAGAUCCGGCAGGUGCAGCCGUUAAAUAUCCUCAAUUUGACCGGAUCCCUAAAGAGCAGACUUUUGGUUAUGAUCUCAACGUCUUCAAAAUUGUGUCUGUCAAGUCGGAGGUCACGGUACUAUGGCAGGAUCUUAGUGUCACUACCGAGUCCUCGACUUCGCUGCACAAGUUUUCAGGCCUUGAGAACGAGGUCUGGCCGGGCGAGCUGGUCAUGCUAAAGGAAGAAAUUCAGACGAUACCCAAUCCGAACCGCACUGCCUUUGAGCCACUUGCCUAUACCUUUCAUCCAGGGCGAAACGAUUCCAUUCUCCGCCCGAAGAAAGUCGGAGUCGUCCAGACAGUCAAUAGUCGAGAACGGAUCGCCUCCGUUCGUUGGUACAAGAAUCCUCGCAUUGAACUGCUUCACGAAGGACAUGUUCUGAGCCCAUCUUCCGUGCUGGGAGAGCUAGGCGAUGAGAUCACCGAGGUGUCCAUGUACGAGCUUACGACUCAUCCCGGCUUGGUGAAAUCGAGAGGUGAAAUGGUUUUAUUGGUCCCGGAGAGAGUCCACCAGUCCCUCAUCCCUUCGAGCUCGACACGUCCCUCCUCGACUGCCGCCGGUCCUUGUCUCCUAAGUUACCUGUUCCCUGUCACUUUCACUCAGACGAAUGUGUAUCUCGACCAUAUCAAAAGCGUCCUGGUGCAGUCAGAUUGGUUUAAGCGUUCUGUCGGGAUUGAUACCACACCGUUGCCGCCGCGCCAUAGUGUGCGUCGAGAAGAUUUCAGCCUUAACCAUCCUCUGGACUGGAUCGGGCACAUCAUUUCAUUGGAUGUCGAUGGCACCAUCACCGUCCGGCUGGGAGCACUCCAGGAGUGUCGUGAUGUUCGUGUUCCCCUCGAGAAGAUAUUGAUGGUGCUCGACGAUGAUGUUGCUGCUGGUAGCGGCGAAGGACCAGUGGACGACAUGGAUGAGUACUACGACGAGUGGGACCAAGUUGAUGAUGACGACGAUUACCAUUUCUUUGACCGAGUAGCGACGGUGCUUUCUCGUACAGUAGAGUAUGAGGGUGGUGCGCCGCUGGACGCGGCUAACGAUGAUGAUGAUAUGUGGAUGACUGAAGAAGAGGAUGAUGAGGAAGUCGGAACGACCGGUGCCCCUGCCGUAUCAGAAAUUGAGCUGCCAGAACAUUCAGAUUCGAGAGACGAGAAAGAAGGUGAUCGUGCACUUCCGGAGUCUGCCGGUAAGGAUGGCGAUAAGGGUCACAAGGAAGCGCCUCCAGCGCUCCGUGGGGAUCGGGUAAAUUCAAGUCCUCCAAGUUUUGCGAUUCUGGAGUCACCACCCCCUUCGGAUCAUCACUUCAUCAGCACUUCGCCGACGGGAGGCGCCGCACAGCGACUUCGACGGAUAAGAAAGGAAUAUCAGAUUCUCGAAUCGUCGUUGCCGCAAGGCAUCUUUGCACGGACGUGGGAAUCCCGGAUGGACCUCUUGCGGGUCGUGAUUAUCGGUCCUCAAGGGACCCCUUACGAAUAUGCUCCUUUCGUCAUCGAUCUCCAUUUCAACAGCAACUUCCCGAAUAACCCUCCAGACACGUUCUUUCAUUCGUGGACCAACGGCAUGGGGCGGAUCAACCCGAACAUGUAUGAGGACGGGAAAAUCUGCCUGAGCAUCCUCGGAACGUGGCCACCGAAAAACCCUGACGAAAACUGGUCCCCGACUAAGUCGACUGUGCUGCAAAUUUUGGUUUCCAUUAUGGGUCUGGUGUUGGUGAAGGACCCGUUUUACAAUGAAGCCGGUUUUGAAGCGUUUGCGUCCGAAGGCGACAGCCGAGUCGAGUCGACGCAGUAUACAGAAAAGGCAUUUGUCAUGACUAGAACUUUUAUCAAGCGCGCUCUUGAAAACCCCGUCCUCGAUUUUGAGGAUAUCCUCGCAUGGCACUAUCUUCCGGGGCCUGUCGCUGAGGGAGAGUCUGCGCGCCCGGAGCUGCUAAAGAAGGCGAUCACGGAAGCCCGUCGCAUGAUUGACCACUACAAUUCCACGUUUGAAAAGGGCCCUGGGGAGCAGAUAGGUCCAGCAUCACCGUUUGUCGCCCGUCUCAGUUUGGGGGCUGUGGUGAUGCUUCGAAAACAUAUCAGCGCGCUUGAAAAGAUUCUUUCAGCAGCCGAGGACAGCAUCCGGUCUUAG